AUGACAGAAGUUAGAAAAAUGGGUAAAUACACAUCAGUGGUCACUGCUGAAGCUAUUCGAGAAUCUCAACAUAGAGUAACUAAAACAAGACUGGGUGAAUUUCAUGGUGUUCAAUUGAUAGCUGAUAAUAUGUUGGAUCAACGAGGUCUAGGAGAUCAAAGUAUAAGGAUAAAAAAAAACGUGAAACUGCUGAUAGAAAUAGCAAGGUUGAUAACAGAAAGAAAUCUUAGAGUUAUCAAUCUUCACAUUGGACUAUCAACUAUUGAAAGAGAUCAAGUGAUGGAUGGUUUUCAGUCAGGCAGUUCCAAAGUAUUGAUUACAACAAAUGUCUUGGCACAUGGAAUAGAUGUGUUACAAGUGAAUUUGGUGAUUAAUUAUGAUCUACCAGUUGAUUACAGUGGUAGAAAUCCUGAUUAUGAGACUUAUUUACAUACAUCAUAUCGGCCGUACUGGUAG